AUGGCCUCCGCGAGACCCUCCGUGCUCGUGCUCGGUGGCACGCAGUUCAUCGGCCGCGCCUCGGUGGCCGCGCUCCUCUCCGACGGCGGCUACGACGUCACCCUCCUCAACCGCGGGAGGAGCCGGCCCAAUCCAUUUGAGGGCCGCGUCGCCACGCUAAAGGCGGAUCGCACAGACGCGGCGGCGGUGGAGGCGGCGCUCGCGUCGCGGCGGUGGGACGCGGUGAUCGACUUCAUCGCCUUUGCGCCGGCGGACCUCGCUCCCAUCGUGUCGCGGCGCGAGUCGAUCGGGCUCUACGUCGUCAUCUCGACCGAUUCGGUGUACAUGGCGUGCGACCCGGGCAGCUUCUCGCGGGGCGCGGCUGGCGGGCUGCUGGAGGAGUCGAGCGGCGGCGCGAUCGACGCGGCGCGCGCCGCCGACGACCGGUACGGCGAGGGCAAGCUGCUGCUCGAGCGCGCGCUGGCGGAGAGCGGGCUGCGGUACGUGGCGCUGCGGCUGCCGGACGUGCUCGGGAGGCACGAGAACACGGGCCGGCAGCACAGCCUGAUCACGCGGCUCAUCAAGGGCAAGGCGGUCGGGACGAGGGACGCGGGCGAGGAGGGGAGCGGCGGCUUCCGAUUCGCGUUUGGCGGCGAGGGCGGCGGCGAGGGCGGCGGCGAGGGCGGCGGCGAGGGAGCGAGCCGCAAGGUGUCGGUGGUGUUUGCGGAGGACGUCGCGACGGCGGUGGCUGCGGUGCUCGCCCGAGGGUGCGGGGGAGGGGCCGGCUCGUGGCCGGAGGGGGCGGGCGGAGGGCGGGGCGUGUCGCUCCACAUCUGCCAGAGGGAGGCGGUGAGCUGGCGGCGGUUGGUGGCCGGGCUGGCGGACGCCUUGCGGAACCAGGGCGUCUCUGUGCCGCCGCCGACCUUUGACCCGGAGGCGUCGACUCGCUUCCUCUCGGUCGACUUUGGCCACCUCGACGGGGGGGCGGCGGAGCGGGCGCUGCCUGGCUGGGCGGCGGCGCCGCUGGCGCAGAGGCUGGAGGAGACCGCGGCGUGGUGGGUCGGGCGGCCGCGGGAGAGCUUUGAGGAGAAGGCGGCCGCGGCGGCCGCGGCCGGGAAGCGCAAGUCGCGAACCUAG